AUGAACUCUAGUCAGAUAUUCAAGGAUGAAGAAAAAUCAAUUAAGACCCCUUCUUACCAACAAGGGGAAGUCUUUCCAGAUAAAUUCUCAAUCCGAAAAUAUGCCAUCACAAGACUUACUUCCCUAAAACCACCCAUGGCCAAAGUGGCCAAUCCAAUUAAACUCCUAGCAAUGCUAAACAAACAACAAUGGGCCUUCUUCCUUGUUGCAUUCCUCGCCUGGUCCUGGGACUCCUUCGACUUCUUCACCGUAUCCCUAACAGUCGAUGACCUAGCGGAGACAUUUCAAAAAUCCACCACGGACAUAACCUGGGGUAUCACACUUGUCCUAAUGCUUCGAUCUGCCGGCUCGGCAUUGUUCGGUCUAGUAGCAGAUCGCUAUGGGCGAAAAUGGCCAUUCAUCACCGCCCUGCUCCUAUUCAUAAUCCUCGAACUAGCAACAGGAUUCUGCAAAACCUACAAACAGUUCCUCGCUAUCCGCGCACUACUGGGAAUAGCAAUGGGCGGUCUAUACGGUAACGCAGCCGUAACCGCAUUGGAAGAUUGUCCCACCGAAGCCCGCGGUCUAGUCGCAGGAUUAAUGCAGCAGGGCUACGCAUUCGGGUACCUCCUCGCAACGGCCUUUGCGCGCGCAUUAGUGGAUACAACCAGUCACGGCUGGAGACCCUAUUUCUGGUUUUCCGCUUGUCCGCCCGUUUUCAUUAUCAUAUUUCGUCUGUGUCUUCCCGAGACGAAGGCCUUUCGGAAUCGACAGGCUCACGGGGAAGAGCAGUCAGCUCGUGCAUUUCUUUCCGAAGGACACGUUGCGCUGCGGAACCAUUGGCUUGUUUUCAUUUACCUUGUGCUUCUGUCCAGUGGGCUCAAUUUCAUGUCGCAUGGUACCCAGGAUCUAUACCCAACUAUGCUGGAGAAUGAGCGUGGGUUUUCAGCGAAUGCGGUAACUGUUACGCAGGUCGUUGCUAAUUUAGGCGCGAUGGCUGGUGGAUCGACGACGGGGUAUUGCUCGCAGAUAUUUGGGCGGAGGUUUAGCAUGCUUGUUGUUUGUGUUUUUGGGGGUGCGUUGUUAUAUCCGUAUACUCAUGUGAAGACUGAAGCUGUGACAGCUGUUGCGUUUUUCGUGCAGUUCUGUGUGCAGGGGGCUUGGAGUGUUAUGCCUAUUUAUAUGAUGGAGUUGGCACCGGGCUCGUUUCAAACGUUUGUUGUUGGGUCUGCGUAUCAGUUUGGUAGCCUUGCUUCGUCUGCUUCGUCGACUAUUGAAGCGACGCUUGGGGAGCAUUAUCCGCUUGCGCCGCUUGUCAAGGCUGAUGGAACGGUUGUUGAUCGCUAUAAUUAUGGUAAGGUCAUUUGUAUUUUCAUGGGGGCCAUUUAUGCUUAUACUGUUUUGUUGAUUAUUGUUGGGCCUGAGAAGAGAGGACGAAAUACGGACAUGGAGCUCAAUGCUGAUAUUGAUGAGAUGGUCCAUGGAAAUGGAAGAUAUUAG